AUACAUACAUCUACUUGCAGGAUGUUUGCGUGAGAAAGAAAAUCUUAUUUUUAAAAUCAUCGAAUUGAAUUAAAUCGAGUCCUUCAAACCCCACGAAUAGUCUUUUAAAACGUUCGAAAAUUGCGACCAUAUUGCUGUGAAAUAAAAAAUUAGUGCGUGAAAACAAUUAAUUAAUUGUUUAUCAACAUUCUGCCAACCGGUGUACAUCGAAUGACAAAAUCAAUUGCUGCAUUUUAGGCGUUUUUUUCAUUCAUUCAUUCUUUUCACUUAAAAAUUAAAAUUUUAAAAAAGUGGUUAAUUAUCAAAAUAUAAAUAAUAAAAUCAGUUAGAAAAUAUUAAUUAUUAAUUAAACUACCAAAAGUUGUAAUGUUUAUGCCAAAUAAUUAACUAAAAGUGUGUGUUUUUAACUCAAAUAGUGCAACGUACUAAAGUUGGGUGAAGAGCAGUAAAAUAAAAAUUGAAAUAAAAUAAAAGUAAAAUAGAAAAACAAAAGGAAAAGAAGGUAUAAUAUCAUCCUCAACUCAGAACCAACCCCAACCCCUGCAGGCCUAUAUAUACACACAGUGUGACUCCCACAUGUUGACAUUUAAUAAUAAUUAUCUCUGCCCUGCUGCUGUCGUUGCAGGCAUCUGAACCUAAUUGAGUGUGGCCUACUGAGAAUAACUUUUUGCGCUUUAUCCUUCUUCAAACCCUAAGGAAUCAAGCCAGUCAGCUUAAAAGAAAAGCAGCUAACAUUUAAAAGAAAAAUUACCUACCAAAAAAAACAAAAACAACACAAAAACGCGAGUAGGUAUCCAACGAUACCAAAACUUUCUUUUGAAACGGGUUAAACAUAAGUUUUAAAAACGUAUUCUCCAGCGUCAAACAUGCCCGAACAAAGCAACGACUAUCGGGUGGUUGUUUUUGGUGCGGGCGGUGUUGGGAAGAGCUCCUUGGUGCUGCGAUUCAUAAAGGGGACUUUUCGAGAGAGCUACAUACCGACAAUUGAGGACACAUAUCGUCAGGUCAUUAGCUGUAAUAAGAAUAUUUGCACACUGCAAAUAACCGACACUACAGGAUCACAUCAGUUUCCUGCCAUGCAGAGGCUCUCCAUAACAAAAGGACAUGCCUUUAUAUUGGUUUACUCGAUGUGCUCGAAGCAAAGUCUGGAGGAAUUGCGACCUAUUUGGAGUCUAAUUAAGGAAUUAAAGGGACAAGAUAUUACUCAAAUACCUGUCAUGUUAGUUGGUAACAAAUGCGAUGAAAGUGCCGAACUGCGAGAAGUGACACAAAGUGAAGGCCAAGCUGAAGCUGCUUCAUGGGGUGUUUCGUUUAUGGAAACUUCUGCAAAAACGAAUCAUAAUGUCACCGAGUUAUUCCAGGAACUUCUGAAUAUGGAGAAAAACCGUAGCGUUUCAUUGCAAUUAGAUGGCAAGAAACAGAAAAAGCAGAAACAGAAGAAAAAGAAAGAAACUAAUGGAGCAAUAGCAGAUAGCACAGCUGGAGGAGAGGGCACCAGUGGUAAUGCCAAAGAGAAAUGCCACGUAAUGUAAAUUAAUUUUAAUUGUAUUUUAUUUAUUAUAACUAACCAAAAAGUAGAAUUUGUUUUAAAUAUUUCUGUUUUAAAGAAAGUAGUCUUAGUCGAAAAAGAAACAAAAAUGAAAAGUUACGAAUGAUCUUUAAAAAUGACAUUAGGUACGAGUAGUGACAUAAAUCAGAAAACGAAAUAAAUAACGUUUAGAAAAAGAAGAGUUCUGUCAGGAACGUGUUAUGUUUGUAAAUAAACCAAAAAUGUCAAGUAUAAACAAUCACCUUAGAGCCUGAUUAAAUUUGAUGGUCUAUGAGGUAAAUACUAAUAAAGAUGUUUAAUCAAAUAUUUUAACCACCCAAAGAAAUAAUCUAUAAUCAAUUAAAAAUAAAAAUGAAAAAUAUGACAAACACAUAGAAAAAUAGUUUUAGAACAAUAUUUAAAAUGCAACGUGUUAAUAGAAGAAGAGGUUUUUAUGAAUAGGGUUUAACUGAUUUUUAUUGAAUACAAGAUAAGAUGAAACAGCAUUGAAUACCAUUUAUGAUCAAUAAAAGCUUUAUCCAUAAUUAUUUUUAUUUAUUUCGUAGUUUAUUAAGUUCGCAAUUCGAAGUUCGAAAACAAAUCACAUUGCACAAAAACAUUUCGAAAUAAGUACACUUUCUUAUAUUAUUUCAAUAUACAUAUACAUACAUCCGUGUCAUUAAUAAUAUAGGAUUUUAAUUUAUUUGCACUUUGGAUUUAAUUUUAAUAGAAAUCAUAGUUGUCAGUUUUUAAAUUGAAAACAUGGAAUUGUGUCAAGAAUGAGUAGGUACAACGCAUAAAAAGAUCCUGUUUAGAUUAUAAUAGAUUAAUUUAGAUUGAAAUUGUACGUUUUGAUCUGUCAGUUUUUGAUGUCUGUGUUUUUAGUUGUCAUUUUUUUAAAUAAAAUCUAUGGUAGGUACUAUCUUGAAGCAGUUAUUUUUUACGUGGUUUGGAAGUUUUGUUUACAAAAGUUCAAGUAGCAGUAGAUAAUUUUGCCGUAGCCACUAGGUGCCGCCCCCAUAUAUUCUUACCCAGAGGUUCCACAAGAGGUAAAUCCAAUCCAACUUCUCUUCCGCAAUCUCAUCCGCAAUCUAUGUCUUUUUUGACAGGGCAUAUUAUGUCUUUUCAUGAGCAACCUCAAAUGUCACAUUUGAAAUUAUAAACGGUUAAUCUGUUGUUUACUUUUUUGUUGAUUUACCUUUAGUGUCGGUAGUUAUUGUUUUUUUUUUACAAAAUUUCAAACAAAUUAUAUAAAAAAAAUACCUUUGAGUAAACACAAAUUAGCCGUUUCAAAAAAUUAAUGCUGGUUAAGAAGCUGGAUGAACUACAACAGCUAACUAUUCAAAACAAUAAAAGAAAACACAGGUUUUGGGUGAAUCCAUUUCUCGAAGUAAGAGAACUUCAUGAUUUGGAGGUGCACCUACUCAAGGACUUAUUAUGGGAGGACGACGGUGCAGACCAAAAGAACUUUUGUAGGAUGUCGGUCGACAGCUUUGAAGCUGUUUUGUGCCUAGAAAAUAUAACUUUGAAUUAAUGAAUUUAGGCACUCGAUGACAAUUUAAACGAAAUGAAAUUUUAAUUUCAAAAAGACUGUGGAAAAUAGACGCUAACCACUACAUACAACACAAAUGUCAAAUUUGGUGACAGGAUUUUGAUCCGUUUGAAAAAUCCAAACUGCGAUGACCGGAUCAUGGACUGCAUGUUUGAUUGUUGGCCUAUAUUGGAUUAUCUGAUGACAGACCGAUAGUCCUGUCAUCGGAAAUGUUCAAUGGAGACCCCAAAUUACAAUGAUAGUACGGGCCCGGUUAUUGCUAUAAGUAAAAUCCAUCAGUUAAAUUUGAAACAGGAGGAAUCUGAAAUGUUUUACUGAUUAUAUUUAUAGUCAUUAAAUGUUGUUUUCUUUCGAUCAUAACAUUGAGCUUCGCACAAUUUUUUAUUGUCGCUUUCAUCAGUAAAAUAUUUAAUGAUGUGAUCGGAACAGUAAAAAAUUGGAACACUAACAAAAAAAAUGUUUCUGAGGCUAUUAACUCUCAUCAGUAAAACAUUUCAGAUUCCUCCUGUUUCAAAUUUUACUAAUGAAUUUUACUGAUAGCUAUAACCGGCUCCUAAGACAGCAGAGCAAUCAAGUACCGUUAUAAAUUAAUUAAUGAUAUAUUCCAUUUACUUCAUAAAAAAUCGUUUCAAUUAAAAAAAUUUUACUUAUAUCCAUCCAUGACAUACAUCAUUAAAACCAAUCAUUGGUAUUUUUUGACAGAUUUGUUAUAGCUGUAAUUUAAAAUUUCUGUCACUGGACGCGAAUUUUCAGAUUCGAAUGCAGCAUUUUCUGAUUGAAAUCAAACAUUUGAUUGUUUGAUCGUUGAAAAGAAAACUGACAGGUAGGAACACAAUGAAAAUGAAACUAUUUUAGUGGAACGAUUUUAUUCCGAAAUGUAAAACUUAAAACCAGUUGUUCAUUGAAAAAAAUCAACUUAAAGAAUUUUGUCGUUAGAGCAUUUUGUCAGAAAAAAAAUGAACAACUUAUCAGCUCUAUUUAAACCUAACAUUACAAAAUUUAUUCUCUUUAUCGCUUUUAAGUUUCGAAACAAAUUUUUGCAAUGUUGAAAAUUAAUGAUAGCUAUAACUGUCUUCUUAUGGAGAGAAACGAUCGAAUUGACACCUGCGAGGCUGUCAGGGAACUUUACUAGAUAUAGUUACCAUCAGUCUGGAUUUUUUCCAAUCUAAAAAGUUUCCUUAGUUAAUUUGUAUUUAAUAAAUUUGAUAAAACUUUGUACCUACUACAUAGCACAGGAUAUCACCGGAAUUUCAGAGCUAAAGACACAAACUCAAUAUACAUAUGUAUUGCUUUGGCACUAAACAUAUUAUUUAUUCAAUUUAU